UUGAAACUGAAGGAUCAGUGAUUGCAACAUUUAGACUAGUUGGUCUAUUUUUUCAGAAUUACACAAGGAAUAUUUUUAGCAAGUAAUUCACCCGUAUAACAGAUGCCAUGAACGCGUCAGUGGCCAAAAAGACACAAGAAACUUUGGGCAAAGUGAUAAAGAAGCCUCCUCUUACUGAGAAAUUACUCAGUAAGCCGCCGUUCCGAUACCUGCACGACAUAUUCAGUGAGGUAAUACGGACAACAGGCUUCAUGAAGGGACUUUACUUGGAGGCAGAGAUGAAAUCAGAAAAUGUGAAGGAGAAGGAUGCUAAGAUGGCGUUCCUGCAGAAGGCCAUCGACGUGGUGAUGCUGGUGAGCGGGGAGGCGCUGGCGGUGAGGCCGGCGAGGAUCGUGGCGGGACACGAGCCCGAGAAGACCAACGAGCUGCUGCAGGCCCUGGGCAAGUGCUGCCUGAACAAGCUGUCGAGUGAGGAGGCGGUGAAGCGGGUGCUGACGGGGGACCGGCCCGACCCCAAGGGGAAGCCCACCACCUCCAAAUCCCAGGACAAGGAGAACCGCGAGGGGAAGGAGCACGUGCGGGAGAAGGAGGAGAAGAAGGAGAGGAAGGAGCAGGGUGGGGGCCGGGAGGAGAAGGAGGAGCAGCAGAGAGAGGAGGCCCGCCGGCCGGAGAAGGACCGCCAGCGGGAGGGCGAGCGGGACAAGGCCCGCGAGCGGGACCGCGGGAAGGACAAGAGCCGCGAGAAAGCCAAGGAGCGCGACCCUCAGCGCGACCGCGACCGCGAGCGCGAGAAACGCAGGGACCGAGACAAAGACCGGGAGAGGGAGAAGGACCGGGAGAGGGAGAAGGACCGAGAGCGCCACCGAGAGCCGGAGGAGAAGAGCAGAGACGCAGAGAAGGCGGAGAAAAAGGUCCGGGCUCCAGAGGAGUCGCGAAACAGGCAAGCCCCGGAACAGCCGGUGAAAAGCAGCAAAGCAGAGUCUGACGAGGUGAGCGCUCCACGCGGCGAGGCACCGAUGCUCAUGGGGCUGGGCAGCUCCAAGCCCUCCGUGGUGAUCGUAGAUGGGAAGAGGCUCUCUGAGGAUGAGGAGGAGGAUGGGCAGUUUGUGGUGGAGGACGCCCGCCCCCCUCCCAUGCCUGAACUGGAGACAGAGAGCACAGCGGAGCUGCACGGGGAGGAGAAGCAUGGUGGGCUGGUAAAAAAGAUUCUGGAGACCAAGAAGAACUAUGAAACUUCACCGUCCUCACCAAAGUCGAAAGAACAGGGCCGCUCUGUGGUGUCGGAGGCGGCUCAGCGGAAGGAGAGGGAGCUGGUGUCGCGGGAGAUGGACCGGCUGCGCUCCUCCAUCCAGACGGUGUGCCGCAGCGCGUUGCCCCUGGGGAAGAUCAUGGACUACAUCCAGGAGGACAUGGACUCCAUGCAGAACGAGCUGCAGACCUGGAGACGCGAGAACCAGGAGCACGCACAGGCUCUGCUGCAGGAGCAGAGGGUAACGGAUGCUGCAGUGGAGCCCCUGAAGGCUGAAUUGGUGGAGCUGGAGCAGCUCAUUAAAGACCAGCAGGACAAGAUCUGCGCCGUCAAGUCCAACAUCCUGAAGAAUGAGGAGAAGAUCCAGAAAAUGCUCUCCAGCAUCAACUUCUCCUCCAGGACAUGAGACACAGACCCACAGUACUGGCCAGGAGUAUGAGAGACGCAUAUCCACACUGACCUCCAGCACUGACAGGGAGUAUGAGAGACACAGACCCACACUGACCUCCAGCACUGACAGGGAGUAUGAGAGACACAGACCCACACUGACCUCCAGCACUGACAGGGAGUAUGAGAGAGACAGACCCACACUGACCUCCAGCACUGACAGGGAGUAUGAGAGACACAGACCCACACUGACCUCCAGCACUGACAGGGAGUAUGAGAGACACAGACCUACACUGAUCGCAGCACUGACAGGGAGUAUGAGAGACACAGACCUACACUGACCGCAGCACUGACGUAGUAUGAGAGACACAGACCUACACUGAUCGCAGCACUGACAGGGAGUAUGAGAGACACAGACCUACACUGACCGCAGCACUGACGUAGUAUGAGGGACGCAGACCUACACUGACCGCAGCACAGACAGGGAGUAUGAGGGACACAGACCCACACUGACCGCAGCACUGACAGGGAGUAUGAGGGACACAGACCCACACUGACCGCAGCACUGACAGGGAGUAUGAGGGACACAGACCCGCACUGACUGCAGCACUGACAGGGAGUAUGAGAGACGCAGACCUACACUGACUGCAGCACUGACAGGGAGUAUGAGGGACACAGACCCACACUGACUGCAGCACUGACAGGGAGUAUGAGGGACACAGACCCACACUGACCAUAGCACUGACACGAGCCCCACAGCUCCUGGAACUCUCUUUGGAACUCUAGAUGAUGUGUAGGUACAUGGGUCUGUGAUGGAAACUUGGUGGGUGACCUAAUGAAAGCCUGAUUUUCAGUUCCUGGGCUGUUAUACCAAAUAAUAUGGUGUCCUCUGUCUCCCCCCAGUCACCUGGCCCCUCCCCAAGCCCCAUUUAACGUGCCUUCUGUAAGCAAGCUUUCAUUCAGAGUGACCCCGCCCCUCCCAUUGUGACCCCGCUCAUCUCAUUGCAACCCUGCCCCUCCCGGCAUGAUCCCGCCCCUCCUGACAUGAUUCUCGCCCCUCCCGGCAUGACCACGCCCCUCCUGGCAUGACCCCGCCCCUGAAAGUUAUUUAUCUCCUCUGUGUUUCUGAGCUGCUGUCUCUUGGGGAAAUAUCCAUCUUUGAAAAUAAACCCAGGGGCAGUAUUGCUAAGGGACACUACACCUUAGGAUACUCUAGAGUAGGGAUCUCAAACUCAAAUCCUGGAGGGCCACUAUGUUUGUUGCUUUCUGAUUUGUUCCUGCCCUUAAGUGCUUAAUUUAAGUCAGAAAUUGGCGAUCACCUUGUUUCUAAGGCCUAAACUGUGUGCUGAUUGAAAGGAAACUAAAAAACAACCAAAGGAAACUACAAAGCCCAGAAGACUCUGUGGCCCUCCUGGAUCAGGGCUGAUUGACGCAAGUCCAACGGACACACUGCUCUGGACACAGACACAGACACAGACACAGACACACACAGCUCGUUUACAUUGGGAUUCUGCAGGGGUUGAAGCAGCAGUAGGCUGGCUGUUCUGUGGAGGUGAGGUGAUGUGAAAUGGCUGAUUGUGGCUCUGUCUGGUUGCUCUCCUGGCAGCCUCACUGCACUUUAAAUAAAGGGCCGUUUCAUUGGCUGAGAGACGCAGGAGCGUCACAUAAGACACAGCGUCUUCCUCACCCCAUCAAAGACGCUGUGGAGACAUCAUUCGGUUUGAUGGUUAAAAUAAUAGUUAAGCUGGCGGACUGUAGUGGUUUGACUGUACUAAACGAACUUCCUGUAAUAGAGAUAUUUGACCAUUUCAGUUGUUUGCACUUGCACUCUGUUAGAGAAGCGCGUCACUGAUGCCAUUUGCUGGGCUUUAGGAGAGUUGAGUUGGUUCCAAAUAGAUGCAGUAAGAGGUCUUAUGAUCAUUUUAAUGUCUGAUGUUUUCUGCUUCAAAGCCAAAAAAGCCUGUCACAUUCUGUCUACAAUUACUCCCAACACAAAUACAUGUGCUGUACCUACCAUUCCCUAUUGGCACAACAUUUAAAUUAUUUAUAUUUUGAUAAGCUUUUAAAUCCUUGAUUACUGCGUAAAUCUUAUCAAUAUUAAUUCCUGCAAAAAUGUAAGCAAUACUGCAAUUGUCGGCCUUAAAUCUUUUGCACUAAAAUGACUUUGAUGUAUGAUAAUGAACACUAUAGUACAGAUGUAUCAGUUAAUUGUUCAAAAAUGCAUCUUGGGUUUAAGUAAAAUGUUAAAUUUCUUGGAGAAAUAUUUAACUGAAGUUGAGAGUUUUUGCUCUUGAAAAAUCUCUUCAGCUUAUUGUCAAUGGAAAAGCUAUAAAUGCAGGUUUUGAAUGUAGUCGCCAGUCAGUCAGCAGAAACAGAAUCUUUCUUUGCUUCAGGUGGUUGCAAAUAUUAACAACAGAUUACUCCAGACUCCCAACAAAUCACAAUUUAGCAUCAGUAUUAUUGGAGCGAUGACUAAGAUCUCUAAAUAGUUUCUCAACAUAUGUUAUUGUAAAAGGAGCAAAUGUUUCUGAAUGCUCGCCUUCCUGGCUCUUUAAAUGAUUUCUCUGUGUUUGAUAGGAUUCUAUUUACACUGUAAACUGAUUGUACCAUACCCAUUUUUCAUAUUGUAUAUUAUGUAUAUUUUGAGCCUGUAUCAUAGUUCACAAAUUACAAUAAUUUUUGUAGUGGAGUGAAAUAAAUGGUUACCUUUCAGUAGAA